AUGCAUUCAGGUGUGUCUGACAGAUUUUCUUUGCCUGUGUGCUCCUGCCCAGUUCUCUCCUUGUUGCUGUUCUUCGGCGCGCUGCAAAGCUGCACUGGCGAAGAGGUCAGCCCACUGGAGAAGUGCUUCAAGGACGCCAAUUAUGAAGAGUUUCUGCAGAUAGCCAGGAAUGGGCUGAGCAAGACAUCCCAGCCGAAACAUGUCGUGAUCGUGGGCGCUGGGGUGUCGGGGCUCAGCGCAGCCUACACCCUCGUGGAGGCUGGGCACAAGGUGACUGUCCUUGAAGUGAGCGAGCGCGUGGGAGGACGGGCACAGACCUUUCGCAAUGAGGAAGAAGGCUGGUAUGCAAAUCUGGGACCCAUGCGCUUGCCUGAGGGCCACAGGAUCGUCCAUGAAUAUAUUAAAAAAUUUGGCCUACAGCUGGCAGAAUUCAUACAGAAAGAUGAAAAUGCCUGGAUUUUGGUUAACAACAUCAGGAAAAGGGUCUGGGAGGUCCAGCAGAACCCCAGCAUCUUGGGUUAUGAAGUGAAGCCCUCAGAAGAAGGCAAAACUGCUCAGCAGCUCUAUCGUGAUGCUCUCAGAAAGGUUGCAGCAGAGGUGAAUAACACAAACUGUACCUACGUAUUAAAUAAAUAUGACACCUUCUCAACCAAGCAAUAUUUAAUCAAGGUGGCAAACCUGAGCCGUGGAGCUGUCCGAAUGAUUGGGGAUUUAUUAAAUGAAGAAGCUGGGUAUUACCUGUCUUUCAUUGAGAGCAUGAGGGGGGAUGCAAUCUUCUCUUAUACAAAGAGGUUUUAUGAAAUUGUUGGAGGUUUUGAUCAGCUGCCAAGAGCCAUCUAUAGAACCAUUCCAGAAAACGUGUAUUUCAAUACUAGGGUAGUCAAGAUACAGCAGGACAGCAACUCGGUCCGUGUGAUCUUUCGUACACCAGACGACGUGCUGUCGGCUAUAACAGCCGAUUAUGCUAUUGUGACGUCCACAGCAAGGGCCACACGGCGAAUCCAUUUUGAACCACCUCUCUCACCCAACAAAAUACACGCCUUGCGAGUUAUCCACUACCGGAGCGCCACCAAGGUUUUCCUGGCUUGCACCGAGAAGUUCUGGCAAGCUGAGGGCAUUUUUGGUGGGGCCUCCACCACUGACCGUCCAUCGCGAUUCAUCUACUACCUGGCCCAGAACUUCACUAGUGGUUUUGGCGUCCUCUUGGCUUCCUACGUCCAAAGUGACGACUCGCGUUUCUUUGUAUCCCUCAGCCACGACGACGUUGUUGAUAUCAUUAUGGAUGACUUGUCAGCCAUUCACCAGCUGCCCAAAAGUGAGAUCCAGCGUCUCUGUCGCUCCUCAGUAAUAAAACAGUGGAGCCUGGAUAAGUACGCCAUGUGUGGAUUUGCUUCCUUCACACCCUACCAGUUUAGAGAUUAUAGCGAAGAACUCGCAAUGCCAGAAGGCAGAAUCCACUUUGCUGGGGAACACACCGCUAAGCUCCACGGUUGGCUGGACACCACGAUCAAAUCGGGGCUGAGGGCAGCAAGGGACAUAAACCUCGACGCAGGGCAGCAGCAGUCGGGAAGCAAACCAAGUGACAGAGAUGAGCUCUGA